UGGCGUCUUCGGAUUGAAUUAAACGUAACGGUACAGCGGGGACUUAUUUGCUGGGCGGCAUCUGAUUGAUCCGGUGGCAUUGAACAAUUUUCAAACACGACUGUAAGAAAAAAGCUGGUCACUCGCUGUUAAAUGUUCGCUCAUCGUUCUCGGGGGCUGCGGCAUGACACGUUGGUACAAAGCACAACGAGAGGAGCCAAAAGAGAGACAAGUUGUUUUGGUGACCGGAUGCGAUACCGGUCUCGGUUUCAGUCUCGCCCUUUAUUUGAGUACGAUGGGAUUUCGAGUGGUUGCCUCCGUUCACAAGUCCGAUAGCGCUGGCGCGAUCGAAUUAUCCAAAAUUCCUCAAAUAUUCGUACACCAAUUGGACUUGACGAUCAGCGAGAGUGUCCAAAAGUUUGGCGCAGCGGUUCGAAAUUAUCUUCAACAGAAUCAAUACAAUUUACGUGGUUUCGUCAACAACGCCGGAGUCAUGAUAUUCGGUGAAUUCGAGUGGCAAUCGGAGGAGCAAACGAGGCAUCAGAUCGAGGUUAAUCUCGUGGGGACGAUGAGAGUUACCCGAGAGUUUAUGCCGACUAUGAGAAAACAUCGGACGCGAUUGAUCAUCGUGACGAGUCAUUGCGCCGGUGAACCUUUGCCCGGCGUUGCUACUUACGGGGCGACUAAAGCGGCCCUCAGCGCAUGGGCGACCGCUCUGAGGGUCGAGCUCAAGAAAUACCACAUCGACGUCGUCAACUUCGUGCCUGGUUCGUUCAUCCGCGAGAGCAAUUUGCUGUCCCAGCAAGCGAGCCACUUCGAAAAGAUGUACUCGGCGAUGGACCAGGAAACUCGAGCUUUUUAUGGGGACUAUUUCACAAGAUAUGCCAAUUAUCUUUCCGCUAUCGCGCCGAACGACUUGCCACGAAGACUGAUGGACCGGUCGAUCUACAACGCAUUCGAGGGAGCGAUACUCGAUCGCGAGCCCAAAGCUCUCUACAGGGCCGAGCCGAAGCGAUACAUGUUUUAUCGCAUAAUGUUCAAGAUCUCCCCGACAAAAUUGCGCGAUUAUUUGGUUGUGAAAUUCAUCAACUUGCCCGAGUGGAAGGCCAAAAUUGAGUGAUCCGCGAUCGGAGUAAGCGAUUCGCGAGAGCCAGUGGUAUUCGCAUCGUUCUCGGAAGUUCGACAACCUCGAUCAAGGUGAACGGUGCUCCGAGGAUACGAGAACCUUGGCAGGAUUUUUCACGGAUUAUUAAUAUCCCUCGGCGUGACCGUUAACGGAGCCCAGGCGAGCCCCGUUCGAGCUUUCAGCAAUCCGAAAUGAGCUCAGACAACAUCGCGCUCUCUUCAAAAACUUACGAUUAUUCAAAUAAAUUUGAGAUAAAAACAAAACGAAUCUUGCUACAGUUUUAUGAUUUAACGUGUAUCACAGGCACGAAUCAAUAAUAAAUUUUUACCAAUUUU